UCAAGUAAAAGAAUCCUAACCCUUUUAUCCUCUAUAAAACUAUAACAAGAAUUUGAUCACAGCUAUCUCCAAACUCAUCAGUUCCUUUACAAUGGCUAAUAGUGUUUCCACCCAACCACCGGCUGCAGCCACGCCAGGCCACUCAAGUCUGCUUCGAGUCAUAGCUAUGGUGAUACUAGCCCUGAUAGUCCUUAUGGGUCUAGCUGUGCUAAUCACUUGGCUAAUAAUCAAGCCUAAACAGCUCGUUUACACCAUUGAAAAUGGCACAGUGAGUAACUUCAACCUCAACUACAACCACCUCAAUGCUUCAUUUGAUUUUAAGAUUACGGUUCAUAACCCUAAUAGAAGAGUGUCUGUAUACUAUGAUUCCUUUGAUGUUUCUUUAUCUUAUGAUGAUCAAACCAUUGCUUUCAAUACCCUUGAGCCAUUUCAUCAACCCAGAAGAAAUGUGACUCAGCUAGAGACAAAGGUUGAAGCUAGAGAUGCUGCAUUGUCUGGUGGCUUGUCUAAAGACUUGAGACACGAGAAACAAUCAGGCAAGAUUCAGUUAGAUGUCAGGAUUAAGGCAAGGAUUCGGUUUAAGGUUGGAAUAUGGAAGACCAAGCAUCGAACUCUUAGAGUUUUGUGUCCUUCUGUGAUUGCUCACUUCUCCUCUUCAAAGAUUUCUCAGAGGACUUACUGUGAUAUAGAUUACUGAAGUGUCAAUUUGAUUUAUUUAUAGGGAUGACUCUUAGUUAGGUUCUUGAUUAUCUAUUCUAUCUUUGUGUUUGUCUUCUUUGAUUUCUUUUUAUAUCUGUUUUUUCUUGAUAUUGGUGACUUGAUUUUAUUAUUUUUCUUACUUUUUUUUUUAUAAAUUUGGUGUGAGUUUCUUAUAUGGCUAUUGCGUUUCUUGUAUUAAAAGGGAUUGAUUUUUGUGUAUUUAAAUAUAAUUAAGGUGUUGUCAUCA